AUGGCCACCGAUAUCGCUACCCUCUCCGGCCUGCUCAACGCUAGUCUGGACCCGCGCCAGAACAAGCAGGCCGAGGCAGCCAUUGCUCAGGAGCAGAUCAAGCCAGGCUUCUCUCUCACCCUCCUUCAGAUUGUAGCCUCGGACGCCAAUCCCCCCAACACACGACUGGCCGCCGCGCUGUACUUCAAGAACUUUGUAAAGCGGAAUUGGGUCGACGAAGAUGGCAACUACAAGCUACCACAGGAUGAGGUUGUGGCAAUCAAGAGAGAGCUGAUAGGCCUCAUGGUCUCGGUCCCUGCAAACCUACAGGCGCAACUCGGCGAGGCCAUUAGCGCCAUUGCCGACAGCGACUUCUGGGAGCGAUGGGAUACCUUGGUCGACGACCUCAUCUCGCGCCUCACACCAGACAACAUAGUAGUAAACAAUGGUGUACUGCAGGUCGCACAUUCCAUCUUCAAGCGGUGGCGGCCACUGUUCCGGUCCGACGACCUCUUCACUGAGAUCAACCACGUCCUGUCCAAGUUCGGCACUCCCUUCCUCCAAUUGCUCGAAAACACCGACACCCUCAUUACAAACUCGCAGGGCGACCCCGAAAGACUCAAGGGCGCCUUCACCACCCUAGACUUGCUUCUCAAGCUAUUCUACGAUCUUUCCUGCCAGGAUCUACCGCCCGUCUUUGAAGACCACAUUAGCGUCAUCUCAGGCCUCCUCCACAAAUACCUCGUAUUCGACAACGCCGCACUGCGUACCGACGACGACACCGAGUCAGGCCCACAAGAAUAUGUGCGCGCUGGCAUCUUCGAGGCGCUUAUGCUGUACAUACAGAAGUAUGAGGACGUUUUUGGCUCACAACUUGGUCAGUUUAUUGAAACCACAUGGGGCUUCCUCAUGUCGGUUGGACUGGAGACAAAGUACGACAUCCUAGUCAGCAAGGCCCUACAGUUCCUCACAGCUGUCGCCUCCACACAGCAUGCCGAAGCUUUCAACAACCAAGACGUAUUGGUACAGGUCAUUGAAAAGGUCAUCCUGCCGAACCUGACAUUGCGCGAAUCUGACGUGGAGCUAUUCGAGGACGAGCCUAUUGAGUUUAUCCGCCGAGAUCUAGAGGGAUCCGACAAUGACACCCGCCGACGCGCGGCUACAAACUUCCUGCGUCAACUCAUGUCUCGUUUCGAAUCACUCGUCACAGCCACAUCAAAGAGAUACAUCGACGCCUACCUCGAGAACUAUGCCAAGGAUGCAGCCAACAACUGGAAGUCAAAAGACACUGCAGUCUACCUCUUCACUGCCAUCGCCGCAAAGGGAACUGCCACUGCUGGUCAAGGUGUCAUGAGUGUAAACGAGAAUGUCAACAUCCUGGAUUUCUUCCAGCAACACAUUGCAGCUGACCUGCAGGCUCAAGGCGCAUCGCCAAUCCUUAAGGUCGAUGCCAUCAAGUUUCUCUACGUCUUCCGCAGCCAACUAUCACCAGACCUUUGGCGGGCAGCGUUCCCUCUGCUCGUUAACCAGCUCGGAGACGACAACUACGUCAUCCACACUUACGCCGCCAUCGCUGUCGAGCGUGCUCUAUUUAUGACGGACAGCAACCGACAACCUAUCAUUCCCAGGGGUGAUGUUGUCAAUUCAUCCAAAGACCUCCUGGCGCAUCUGUUCAAGCUCAUCACCAAGAACUCCGCCCCAGAAAAGAUCCAAGAGAACGAGUUCUUGAUGAAGUGUGUCAUGCGUGUGCUGAUCUUCGUCCGCGACGGUAUCCUACCGAUAUGCGAGACUGUGCUGCAAAACUUCAUCAACAUCGUCAAGGUCAUCAGACACAACCCUAGCAACCCCAGGUUCCAGUACUACUUGUUCGAGGGCAUUGGCGCUCUCGUCCGAUUCGGUGCGCCCAAACACCCUCAGUUCUUUGAGGAGAAGCUGUAUGAGCCAUUUGCGGCAUGCUUGCUAGCCCAGGUUGAGGAGUUCUCUCCAUACAUAUUCCAACUCUUCUCAGCACUGCUAGAAGCAAACCCCUCCGGAGAGCUGAGUGAGUACUACAGGAGUCUGUUCACCAUCAUCAUUCAAGGUGCGGUCUGGGAGCAGCGUGGUAACGUACCUGCAUUGGCCCGUCUGCUGAGUGCAAUGGUCGCUCGUGACGCACAGCACAUUGUCGCACAGACGCAGCUGGAGCCCAUUCUCGGUAUCUUCCAGAAGCUGGUCACUAGCAAGGCCCAUGAAACAUACUCGUUCGAACUCAUCGAAUCUGUCGUGUCAAACAUUCCCGCUGAUGCGCUACAACCGUACUUUGUCACAAUUCUUCAGUUGAUGCUUACGAGGCUGUCCAACAUGAAGACGGAGAAUUUCCAGCAGCGGUUCAUUUCCUUCUACCAUUUUGUCUCUGCACGACUGGACAAGGGACUGGGUACGGACUUCUUCAUUAGCGUCACGGACCAAAUCCAGCACGACAUUUUCAAACCAAUCUACUUGACCGUUAUCCUACCCGACACGCAGAAACUUGCUCGCCCCGUUGACCGAAAGACGGCGGUAGUGUCCUUUACUAAGACACUUGGCGAUUCACAAGCGUUCGUCGAUCGAUACCCCAAGGGCUGGACGCUCACGACGCAACGGUUGAUUGAGCUACUCGUCAACCCACCGGUGCCGACUGCAGCAGAUGACAUCAUUCCCGACGCGGAUGUGGAUGAGCUUGGCUUUGGCGUUGGCUUUACACAGCUCAACACUUGCAAGAAGGCGCCUCGCGAUCCGUUCCCAGAAAUUGGAGAUGUGAAGCAGUGGGUUGGACAAUAUCUGAAGGAUGCAGACACGCGGCACAGUGGUCGCAUCGUCAAGAUUGUGCAGGAGCGCCUUGACGACACAUCUAAGCAGGCUUUGGCGGGAUACCUAAGCUAA